UUUCUGUCACGAUGUGGGGCGGCCGCAAGCUGAGCUCCUCCGGGACUCGAUUUUUAGGAGCGCAUAGGUCGGCGUUCCGGAGCGCACAGGCUGACUGUCCUCGCUUAACCACGUCGGCGGCUUAUUCAAAAAAUCAGCUCAGUUGGACUCUACAAAUUAAACCAUCGGUUUUCAGUGAAUACAGAAUCAUGUGUUUCGAAUCCUAUAGCAUGACUUUUGCGUGCCUGAAUAGGAUGAAAAGUUACAGACUCCCUUGGACAAGACUGCACAGUACUUCCCGGACCACUGUAGACAGCAGUGAGGUGAAGACCUUCCUGGCCUUGGCGCACAGGUGGUGGGACGAGCAAGGAGUAUAUGCACCUCUUCACUCUAUGAAUGACCUGAGGGUGCCAUUCAUUAGAGACAAUCUUUUAAAAACAGUUGCUGAUCACCAGCCAGGAAAACCUUUGUCUGGGAUGAAGAUUCUUGAUGUUGGCUGUGGUGGUGGAUUGUUAACGGAGCCUCUAGGGCGGCUUGGGGCUUCAGUUAUUGGAAUUGAUCCUGUGGAUGAGAACAUUAAAACAGCACAGCACCAUAAAUCAUUUGACCCAGUCCUGGAUAAGAGGAUAGAGUACAGAGUGUGUUCCCUGGAAACGAUUGUGGAAGAAACUGCAGAAACAUUUGAUGCUGUCGUAGCUUCUGAAGUUGUAGAACAUGUGAUUGAUCUAGAAAUGUUUAUACAGUGCUGCUGUCAAGUGUUAAAACCUGGUGGUUCUUUAUUCAUUACUACAAUCAACAAAACACAGCUGUCCUAUGCCUUGGGAAUUGUUUUUUCAGAGCAGAUUGCAGGUAUUGUACCAAAAGGUACUCAUACAUGGGAGAAGUUUGUUUCACCUGAAAAGCUAGAGAGCAUUCUGGAAUCAAAUGGUCUGUCAGUUCAAACUGUAAUGCUCUACAACCCUUUCUCAGGUUACUGGCAUUGGAGUGAAACCCCCAGCCUUAAUUAUGCAGCUCAUGCCGUGAAAUCCAGCAUGCAGGAACACCCAGCUCCUGCCGAGUUUGCUUUAAAGGAGGAAACAGAGCUCCGCAUUGAAACCUCCACCAACCAGGUGUGCAUGAAGAGCUGAAGAAAUGAAUUGUUUCUAAGAACUGUUAGUAAACUGGCUUGAAAGUCUGAUGUUUACAAAUACACAAAAUAUACCAUUUGUCUUUUGAGACAGGAUCAUAAAGAAAAGAAAGUCAAUAGAAAGGGCUGAAACCUUAGAUAAAA